AUGAAAAGACCUUUCUUGCUCGGCCUCUGCGCGCUGCUGCCUGUCUGGCUGGCAGCAAGCAGCGCAGCAGCAGCAGCAGCAGCAGCAGAGAACAAGGAAGACGACUCUGCUGUUCUCGUCCUCACCAACUCCAACUUCGACGAAACUCUGAAGCAAAACGAAGUUGUGCUCGUCAAGUUCUACGCCCCCUGGUGCGGGCACUGCAAGCGAAUGGCCCCGGAGUACGCGAAAGCUGCGCUGCUGCUGCAGCAAAAAGGCAGCAAAGUCGUUUUGGCCAAAGUCGACGCCACAGCAGAGACGGACUUGGCCAACAAAAACGACAUCAGCGAAUUUCCCACUCUCACCCUCUUCCGCAACCAACGCCCCGAACAGUACACUGGCGGCCGCACAGCGGAGGCAAUAGUGGAUUGGGUGGAGAUGAUGACGGGCCCGGCAGUGACGGAGUUGGCCAGCGAAGCCGAGCUGCUGCAGCGGGUGAGUCGGGAGUCUCCAGUGGCUUUCUUUGCGGAGUUAAAUUCCGAAAAAACGGAAAUGGCGAAAACGUUUUUGGCGGUGGCGAAUUCGUCGCGGGCGCUGGGCAAGUUCUACUGUACGUACACCGCAGCGCCCGGCGCGGAGCGGGUCGCCGCCGUGCGCUUCGAAGAGGGGCAUUUUAAUUACGAAGGCGAAGUUGCAGAAGGGCCUUUAAGGGCCUUUUUGGAGACAGAAUCUUUCCCUCUUUUCGGUCCAAUCAACGGAGAGAACUUCCGAAAGUAUAUUGAGAGAGACGCGGCUCUUGUGUGGUUUUGUGGCUCCGAAAAAGACUUCGAAAACGCGAAAAUGGCGCUGAGAGAAGCUGCAAAAGACUUCCGAAAAGAAUUCUAUUUUGUCUGGUUAGACACUGAGACCUUCAAAGGCCACGCCGAGGGCGCGCUGGGCCUCGCGGAGUUCCCGGGGCUGGUGGCGCAGACGAAGCGGGGGCGUUAUUUGCUGCCAGCAGCAGCAGCAGUGCUGCAGCAGACUGCAGCAGCAGCAGCAGCAGCAGUGACGCAGUUCCUGCGGGACGUGGCAGCAGGCAAGAUCGAGAGGUCCCUCAAGUCCGAGCCAGUCCCCGAGACCAACGAGGAGGCUGUGAAAGUUGUUGUUGGAAAAACUUUCGAAAAAAUGGUUUUGCAAGACUCUAAAGACGUUUUUCUGGAGGUCUACGCCCCCUGGUGCGGCUACUGCAAAAACUUCGAACCUGUCUACAAGGACUUCGCCGAAAAACAGAAAAGCAAUCCAAACUUGCUGGUGGCGAAGAUGGACGGCACUGCCAACGAGACGCCGCUGGAGGCCUUCGAGUGGAACAGCUUUCCCACAGUCUUCUUCGUGCGCGCGGGCUCGCAGACGCCGCUCAAGUACGAGGGCGCCCGCACUGUCGACGGGCUCACCGAAUUCCUCCACAAAAACGCCUCCAAGCCCUUCGCCCCCAAACCCGACAAGGGCGAGGAACUCUGA